CAGCUCCGGCCACUGAAAAAGAUGGCGGAGAUUGCCGGCGACGAGACCCCGCCGCUACCUUCGUCUUCCGGCGCCGGCGAAUCCUCUCUCUACUCGUCCCCACCCUCGCCCACCGCCCCCGCAGGCGACAAGUCGCCGCCGCCGCGCACGACGAAGCCCGGCACGAAGCGCCUCGUCCUCACCGCCUCCGUCUUCCUCUCCUUCCUCGUCGGACUGCCCUUCCUGCUGAAAUCCACCGAGAUCCACCGCUCGCCGCUGCCCUCCGACGCAAUCGCCGGCCUGUCCCGCCGCCUCCACUCCCACCCACCCUCCUUCCCCCGCGCUCUCCACGCGGUCUUCCUCCGCUCCGGCCCAGGCUCCCCCGCUCCCUCCCUCGCCGGUCAGCUCGAGCGGGCAAUCUCGACCCAACCCCACGGCCUCGCCGCCGGCAACAUCUCCGUAUCAGUCACCGUGCAAUCGGGCGGUAGCUGCUCCAGCAGCAGCAGCACUGCGUCUCCGCCUUGGCGAUGCGGGUCCGUGACCACCGCAGAUUCGGUCCGCGGCGACGAGGUGUUCGAUGAAUUGCUGCACUCUGCAUUGGGUGGUGGUGGUGGGGAUCGGAUGAAGGUUUACACUGUUGUCUUCAUCGAGAGCGAUGAUGAGAAGGGGACGGUGGUUGUGAUCGGAAAGCACCGCCACGCUUGGGUGGUUGGGAAGGUUGAUGAGGCUGAGGCGGUGUCACUUGUUGGCAAGGUGUUCAUCAAGUAUUUCCUGAAUGGUGGUGUUGAGGAGGGCGAGGCAGGCAUUGGGAAAGGGGAGUUCAUGCCAGUUGGUUCAGAUGGGAAUGUUGUUCUCUCGUUUAGCUUGCUGAAUGCCGAUCCAAAUGAUUGGGUCUAUGACUGGGAUUUUGAAAAUAUUGGUGAGAGGAUGCUGAAUCCUGUGGUCGAGGCAUUGCGACCAAUUGGUGAUAUUAAUGUAGAGAGCCAGGUUUUGUACCACACUCCAAAGUCCUCCUUUUCUCAUUCUGAUGAUAAACUUGGCGGCAAUGUCCUUAGUAUGGGAGACAUCCCUUUCUUUGUAAACUCAAACGAGUGGCACUUGGAUACAUCGCUUUCAGCUACUGGACGAUCAAAAGUUCUUCAAUUUGUGGUGUAUGUUCCAUCUGCAAGGGAAUGCCCUUUGUAUUUGCAGCUUCCAGAUGGGGAGCUUUCAAAAACUAAUGCGUUUAUUUCCCCAAUGUGGGGAGGUGUUGUUAUUUGGAACCCACCAGGCUGUUCACUUGGUUCUAAGAAGACAAGUGGGACUCAGACCAAAAUGUCAUCACAGGAACUUAUGGAGACUCUAGAAAUCUUCAUUGGACAGCUAAGGCAAUUAUUUGGUCUAAAGGCCAAUUAUCAUGUCCAAGGCAUGGAUGUGACAACUAAAUUCCUAGUUAGUGAAAAGGGGUUUGCACAAUGGGAACUAGAUUUAUUGUACCGACAUCAUGCAUGUUCCAAUCUUUUGUCAUGCCUUGCCACCUUGGAGUCUCUUUCCAGCUUGGUCCAAUCGCUGCCAAGAAUGAUUGUUAUGGAUGAAAUUGGGAGGCAGGUUGAGCUUUCGCUUGAAGCUGCAAGUUUAGCUCAAAGAAACGCCAGUCUUGGAAUAAGCGAUUCUUCAGCAGUGUCUGCAACAAGAGCAAGGGCAUUAGCUGAGGAUGCAUUUUUCCAUCCGUCCAUCAGUUCAAUCAGCUAUGCUUCGGUGGAGCACUACUUUGCGAUUUACAUGCCAUUCUUUGCACCUGUUACUCUGCACGUGCUGCUGGCGGCAAUCAAGGAGCUGAAACGCUACAAGGUGGAGCGAGGGAAAUACUCGGCGUUCCUCGCUUCCCAAGCGACGACCUCGUGAUCUGUCAGUCAUGUAUCAUCGAUCUCACGGAGUUUGGCAGGUGAUGGAAGGUGGACGCGAUGGUCUAUAGUGGCAUCCUUUCACGUCUGAAACAUGGCAAUGAUAUGGUUGCGCCGUCACGACGAUCCUAGGCACACACACGCGUAGGGUCUAUUUGUGUGCAUGUGUGAUGUAAAGCUGUAGUUUAUAUGGUAGGUUUUGCUAGCACAUGCGAAUGUGGCAUGGAGGCCCACUCACAUGUAAUUUGACCCAGUUUCUUUUAGAUGAUUCGGCCCACUCGUAUGAAACACAUGCCAAAUUUGAAUUUUGAAUCGGUAUCAUUUUUGUAG